AUGGCUGUAGGAACCGUUCUAAUCACCGGAGGAACUGGCUACAUUGGAUCCUUCACAUCUCUCGCGCUCCUCGAGCAUGGAUACGAGGUCAUCGUUGUGGACAGCUUGUACAAUUCCUCGGAAGUCUCCCUCGAUCGCAUUGAGCUUCUGUGCGGCAAGCGACCAUCUUUCUACAAGGUCGACAUCACCGACGAGGAAGCCUUAGAUAAGGUCUUUGCUGCCAAUCCCAAUAUUGACAGUGUCAUUCAUUUCGCCGCUCUCAAGGCUGUCGGCGAAUCUGGUGAAAUUCCCCUCGAAUACUACCGCGUCAACGUCGGCGGGACAAUCACUCUCCUCCGCUGCAUGGCCAAGCACGAUGUCCCCAACAUUGUAUUCUCCUCAUCCGCGACUGUCUAUGGCGACGCCACUCGAGUUCCCAACAUGAUCCCCAUCCCCGAACACUGCCCCAUCGGCCCCACGAACCCUUACGGACGCACCAAGAGCACAAUUGAGCUGGUUAUUACCGAUCAUAUUGAUGCUCAGCGUAACAAUGCGAAGAAGGCGGGUAAGCCGUACGAGAAGUGGAAUGGUGCGCUGUUGAGAUACUUUAAUCCUGCUGGUUCGCACCCGAGUGGGAUUAUGGGAGAGGAUCCAUUGGGUGUACCAUUCAACUUGCUGCCAUUGCUGGGCAAGGUUGCAACUGGCCAGCGAGACAAGCUUUUGGUUUUUGGUGAUGACUACCCCUCCAGAGACGGCACCGCAAUCCGCGACUACAUCCACGUCGUAGACCUUGCCAAAGGCCAUCUAGCCGCUCUAAACCACCUCCGCGAAGCCAACCCCGGCGUCCGAGCCUGGAACUUAGGCUCUGGUCGCGGCUGUACCGUAUUCGAGAUGAUCAAGGCGUUCAGCAAUGUGGUAGGCCGAGAUCUCGCAUACGAGGUUGUGCCACGCCGUGCAGGAGACGUCUUGGAUCUUACUGCUAACCCCAGUCGCGCAAAUGAGGAGUUGAAGUGGAAGACUGAGCUUACGCUUGAGGAUGCUUGUGAGGAUUUGUGGCGGUGGGUUAGCAAUAACCCCCAGGGGUAUCGUCAGGACCCUCCGGAGGAGUUGGUCAAGGCUAUUAAGGAAGGGAAGAAAUGA